GAUGAGAUGGAGGAUGAGAGUGAAAAUUCAUCGCUUGUUUCAAGUCUUAGUUCCCCAUUUCGCAGUCAGUUAAAUUUAUCAGAUUCUGAAACUCAUGAUUCUUCAUCACUUCCAGAUAUUCUUCGAGUUGUAUUGGAGAAUCCUCAUGUUCCAUCAACUGCAUUUGCAUCUAUUAGUGCAUCAACAAUGGCAGAUUUGCUGAGUUCGAUGCCAAAUGACAUUUUUUUGAAACAUUACAUUCUUAUUGAUUGUCGUUAUCCAUUUGAAUAUGACGGUGGACACAUUCGAGGUGCACGUAAUUUAUUCGAUCCGGUUAAGAUUGAAGACGUAUUUUAUCCUCGCAAUUUAAAUUCACGUGAACCUUUAUAUUUAAGAAGACCAAUUUUUUAUUGCGAAUUUUCGCAAAAACGAGGACCAACAAUGGCUCAUGAUUUACGAGCUUUUGAUCGUAUGAGGAAUUUCUCAAGAUAUCCAUUAGUAGAUUAUCCGGAAAUGUACUUGUUGGAAUUUGGCUAUAGUACUUUCUACAGAACGUAUGCAGAAAAUAAACCAGUUAGUUCUAUAUAG